UUGUUACCUCGUUAGGACUUCCUCUUCUCACCACACCAUGUUAUUACUCGCGUGAAAGCAACACCUAUGCGGAUACGAGAUCAUUACUCAUCGAUUCCAGCAUUUAAAUGGGUCAGAACUCAGUAGGAGCUUCAUUUCUCCCAGUGACAUAAACUCUGCCUGAACCUUCCCCGCAUUCAUCAGCGAGAUGGCGAGUAAAUCCUGGGCGACUCAUCAAGCGACAUUAAUGCUGCUGCUUUUAAUCUGGAGGGAGAACUUGCAUUGUGAUGGAUUCACAGUGGACCCACCUGUGAACCUCAUGAUAAAAGACCCUGGUCACCUUGGACACCUCGAGAUUACAUGGAGCCCCCCAGCCAACUUGCUCAACAUGACCGAGUGCUCAAAACUGUAUCAUCUGGAGUACUUCAACACCUACAGGAGCAGCUGGAGUGCUGUCAGGACACCUAAGAGGAAGUACACGGCCCAGUUCGAUCUGAUGAAAGAUGUAAGAGUGAGAGUGUACACCUUGCUGAGUGGAUCUUGCACCAAUGGCACCGUGGUCAUGAGCAUCAACUACACGGAACUGGUCCAGAAACCUCCUGGCACAGGUGCUGUGGGUACAGCAGUUCAAAACGUUGUCUGUGUGAACCACAACAUGAAUUACAUGGAGUGCAAGUGGGAAAGAGGCCCAAAGACAGCGGCCAACUCACAGCAGAAUUUAUAUUUCUGGUACACGGAACUCGGGCAGGUGGAGGAAUGCCCCAAAUAUCUUAUUUCAAAGGGAUAUAGGAGCGGCUGUAAUUUCACAGGGAUUGCUCUCCCUGAUUUCACUGAUAUCAUCUUCUGUGUAAACGGCUCAUCCCCGGUCGGGCCCCUGAAAGCGACAUACAUCUCCCUGCAAAUCCAGAACCACGUGAAGCCUGAUACUACAGAAAAACUGCAUCUAGAAGCAGGGCCAGACAUGCAGUUGGAGCUACAAUGGAACUGCCCUGUUAGCCGGAUUCCUAGACACUGCCUUGUAUGGGAGGUGGAGCACAGUCAAGAGGGACCUGAUGGGAAGAUUGCGUCGGAGAAGAUUUUGAUCACCGAGAUGAGUCUCAACCUGCUCUCCAGACACAAUAACAAGAGAGACUGCUUCAGAGUUCGAUCCAAAAUGUAUAAAUAUUGUGCAGACGAAGGAUUUUGGAGUGACUGGAGUCUGCAGACAUGCCAUCCAGCAGGAAGGCCCUGAUGAUGUCAUCAAAGACCACGAAUAAUGCCAAGGUCUACUCAUUGAGACGGGAAGGACAAAAGAUGAUCCCUGUUUAAGGCUUAAGAGGGUGUUGCUAACACACAAGACAAUUUGGGGAUGUAAAAAGAAAGUAUAACGUGUCUUUUUGUGAAUGAAUUGUAUUUUUUAAGCUUUAAAAAAAGAGAUAUUAAGAUGCCCAAAAGGCCCAUGCUUCACUUGUGUUGUAUCUGUUUGUUUUUGUUCAUUUGAAUAUGAAAUUGGUUGUUAUUGAUUCACUUUGGCGCCCUGGUGUUAUAAGAAAUAGUCAGUUGUUACAACACUGCUGUCUGUAUUUCUACCAUGUUAUCUUGUAUCCACAUCACCAAGGCAACGACACAGUCGUUUAAUUGUGAUUGAUUUCUGAGAGAAAGGGGCAAAUGGAGUGAUCUUUUUUGCCUGAUUGUUUUUUGUUUUUUUGUUGAAGGGACAUUUUUGUUACUUCAGGUGUAUAGCUGUACUUAUGAAGAUUCUCAAUGAAAAAAUCUGAUCUAGCUCUGUCUGAACAUGUCGGAGUAGCCUACAGGUUAAAUUGUCGGGCUCGGAAUACUACGCUGUUUGACAGCAACCAUGUCCUAACAUUGCACAGGGACACACAUUGCACCAUUCAACUUGUUGAAAUUGGCCUCAGAUAUUCCUGCCUCCUUUCCUGUUCAAUUGAGGUUCCUGUUGCAUGUCCACAAACUCUGAAACAUCUUGAAUGGUAUAUGUUGAAUGGUGAAUAUACUGUACGUUUAAUGGUUGAUUACUUGCCGGAUGUCUUGCCACUUUCCUGGAGACAUUGAUGUUAAAAUGUGUGUACCGACUGUGACAUAAAAUAUCUGUUGCUUCAAAUGGAGAAAUGAAGUUCACGGUUGCUCCGCUUUUUAGCGUCACAAUGUUUUCACAGAAUGAAUAAAAAAGUUGAUAAAACUCUA